AUGGCGAGCAGUGAUCGCCCACACUUUAGGAACAAAUGUUCGCCUUUGACAAAUCCCUUCCGGCAUGAGAACGCAAACCUCACAGCCUCACACAAACAGCUUCUCCACAUGCAUGGGACGUUUGUAAUCCUGUUGCCUCUCAGCCUGGUACUGAUGAUUUUUGGAGGAAUGACUGGAUUUAUCAGUAUACUUGCCAGGGCCUACCUGCUGCUUCUAAUGACGGGGUUGCUUUUUCUGUUUGGAGCCCUUGUGACACUUACUGGGAUCAGCAUCUACAUUGCAUACUCAGCUGCUGCCUUCAAGGAAGCCACCUGCCUUCUGGGGAAGAAGAAUCUCUUACUGGAACUUGACAUCAGGUUUGGUUGGUCUUUGGUGCUUGUGUGGAUCUCCUUCAUUGCAGAGGUAGUCACCGGGGCAGCCUUCUUCCUUGCCGCGAGAGCAGUGGGCCUGAAACGGAGGCGGGAGCAGGUGAUGUGAAGUACCAAGUGUCAACGCAGCUGCGUCAUCAUCAUGGGGGUUUAGCAAGGUGAAUCAGAGGUUCGGUAUGGAUUACAAUAAUGACAAGACUACUAUUGAGUGUAUCACACAUCUGAGCUAACUCUUCUCCUCAUUGACAGCUAAGAAAUGGAAAGAUUGCAUAGUGGCAACACUGCAUUUUUGAAAAGCAUCAAUAAGGUGGCCUUUUUGUCUUUAAAUGAAAAUAUAUUGUUUCUAAUUAGGAGUAGGAGGCAGCCUUCCCCUCCUUUCUUUCCUUCCAUGGUGCCACUGCUAAAAUGCCUCCUGACACCCUGAGGUCCAGUAUCUAUGGCUCAUUUAAUCUUUGGCUUUUUUGGUCAAGAUGCCCGUUCUGAAGGCCAGUUUAUGUCAGUUGUGCUGGAGGCCUCGGUCCAUUAAGAACUGGACUGAACCUGGAAUUUAUUUGGCACAGUCCAGCAAAUGGCCAUCAGGCAGCAUGGCCUUCAGGUCCACUCUUGCUUUCAUCUUAUAUGGGAUUCAUAUCACCCAGUGUAGAGGAAGGAAGAGUGUGAAAAAUAAAAUAGUUCCUAACCAGUGUGUAUUUUAAAACAAUUUCAGCAUAUAAAACAAGGUUCCAAUUAGGGAUCAAAAAUAGCAGAGUUCAGAAUAUCUUAAGACAAAUUCAAAGCGCCUGUGUGACAGUCUUAAGUACUCAGUCUUCCUGGAUACUACUGUGAUGCUUUGAGGUAUGGAAGGACUUGGUCUGAAGUGUGAAUCAUUAAGUGUUAGUGAUGUUAAUACAAAGCAACUUGGUGUCAUCCACCUUCACUAACUGCAUGCUUUUUCUUUUCUCUUAGAUUUCACAUUAAAAGCAGGAAGCCUUCAUCUUUUAGAUUAUAAUCAUUUGUUUCAUUGUCUAAUGACAAAUACAUUAAAAAAACCCCAGUAUUUGAAAUGAAAAGGUCCAAAUAACCUAUGGGCACUUAUACAC